UCGCGGGCGGCGCGCGUGCGCAGUGGAGCUCUCUGCCCUCCCAUUCAUAAAAAAGCCAUUUUCCCAGGCAAGGGUUGCAACAUCGCCGCCGAGGCAGCGAGCUGAGCUGACAGCGGCGGAGCUUGCGCUGCAGGACUCAAGGAGCCUUACCGGCUCCUCUGACUGGCGUCUGCGAGUACAACAGCGACUGACCCAUUUGGGUUCGGGGAUUUACACAGACGUGGAGCGAUGCUUGUGACUCUACAGCUCCUCAAAGGCCCCUAGAAGCCUGUCCAUUGGUGCAGUCCAGGACCGUCAGCCUCAUGGAGCGCCCGGUCCCACAGAGUACUGUCCCUUUGACUCCCAGCUCCGCCAUGGUGCAGCCUCUCCUCGACAGCCGAGUGCCCCACAGCCGGCUCCAACACCCACUUACCAUCUUACCCAUCGACCAGAUGAAGACCAGUCACGUGGAGAAUGACUACAUAGACAACCCUAGCCUGGCCCCCACCUUGGGUCCCAAGCGGACCCGGGGUGGGGUCCCAGAGCUGGCCCCUACACCUGCCCGCUGUGACCAGGAUGUCACUCACCACUGGAUCUCCUUCAGCGGUCGACCCAGCUCUGUCAGCAGUAGCAGCAGCACCUCCUCAGACCAGAGGCUCCUCGACCAUAUGGCUCCACCACCAGUAGCUGAGCAGGCUUCACCCAGGGCCGUGCGCCUCCAGCCCAAGGUGGUCCACUGUAAGCCGCUGGACCUCAAGGGCCCAGCAGCUCCGCCAGAGCUAGACAAGCACUUCUUGCUGUGUGAGGCCUGUGGGAAGUGUAAAUGCAAGGAAUGUGCGGCCCCUCGGACGUUGCCCUCCUGCUGGGUCUGCAACCAGGAGUGCCUGUGCUCGGCCCAGACCCUGGUCAACUAUGGUACAUGUAUGUGCUUGGUGCAGGGCAUCUUCUACCACUGCACCAAUGAGGAUGAUGAGGGCUCCUGCGCUGACCAUCCCUGCUCCUGCUCCCGCUCCAACUGCUGCGCCCGCUGGUCCUUCAUGGGUGCCCUCUCUCUGGUGCUGCCGUGUCUGCUGUGCUACCUGCCGGCCACAGGCUGUGUCAAGCUGGCCCAGCGCGGCUAUGACCGUCUGAGACGCCCUGGUUGCCGCUGCAAGCACACGAACAGCGUCAUCUGCAAGGCAGCCAGUGGCGACACCAAGGUCAGCAGGUCUGACAAGCCUUUCUGACACUUUGGAUGAAAACUCGGCACUGCCCUUGGAAACAUGGUCCCUCCUGCCAGUCUCCUGAGGCUGACCGUACUCAUCUGUCCUCUCCUAAACUCUAGAUUGAGAACAAACAGGCAGAGACCACUACCACCCAGCCUGGAGUCCCCAGAAGGAUGAAGAUGUACUCUGGGGUUUUCGUGUUCUUGAAACUUUCAUGUCAAGCAACAGUGACAGCAUCGGGGUGUGGUGGUUUGGGAUGUGAUUUCUUCCCAUUUCAGAAGAUGUGGACACAAUCUGGAAGUUUGGCCCCUUGAUGGCCUUCCCAGCCCCUCAGUCUCUCCCUUCCACUUUGUCAUUGUCUCUGGCUCCUGCUGGAGCCUCCUAGCUGGGAGGAACAGCUCACGGAAAGUGGGAUUCCUCAAGGAAGACCCUCAGAGCCUUGACUUCUACCUUUCCUUCCUCUGUCCGUGCCUGUCGGCCUUGGCCUCUUGGGAAGGUGCACCGUAGCAAUUCCUGCUGUAUGUACUUGACAGUUGAGAACAGAAUCACCCUGGAGCAGCAGGAGCCGCUGGGCAGUGUGUUCCUCCUAGCUUCAGUCACUAACUUGGGGGUGUCCACUCAUCACACCGUCCUCUGCUUCUUAACUGAGUCACAGACUGGCCUGCCUGCUCUGUGUCCCGAGCUCUCUCUACUCAGAUUCUUUGCAGAAACUCACUGAGUUAAGAGGGCCCUGGGUGACGCAAGUGAGACCAAAUAUCAUUUUGCCAAUGAGUCUGAGGCUGUGGUCUCUGGAUCCAGUCACGAUGUUUUUAUAUGUUUAAUUAAACUAGAUGCUAAUGGUGUUUAAACAAUAAUAAUACAACAACUUGCUUCUUUUUGGGCCACCCCCAGGAAGGGCUGAUUUAAAAUCUGGGGGCAAACAACCUCAAGGAGCAUAAUUCCCCUGCCCGUCAGGAAUGGCAGAGAAGAGGCCGCACCUCCCAUUGGCAGAAUGACAGUUGAGCCGAGCUGGGUUUGGGUUUUCUUCUGAUUCUGCUGCUUGCUGUCAUAGCCUUUGUGUAUAGUGAUGUGUCUGUCUUUAAUGUAAAUAGAGAGAGGAUGAACAGAGUCUAUUUUAGUGUUAGGAGGCCCUGGUGGGGAAGUCAGAGGAGCCCAGAGUGGGUGGGGAGCAGUUCUCUGGA